AUGAUUGCGGGCUUCUUGAAUCGAAACGGCCCGAAUGAUCUCGCCAUUAUCCUGGCCACGAGUGGGACUAGUGGCACCAAGAAGCUGGUCCCAAUCACGUUGUUCAAUCUUCUAGUCAGUACAACCUUCACAAUGGAUAGUCUGGGAUUGGAUACUGAAUCCCGCUGUCUGAAUAUGAUGCCGCUCCAUCAUGUUGGUGGUAUUAUACGUAGCUUGUGGGCUCCCCUUGUGGCGGGAGGCAUGACAAUCUGUUGCUCGCAAUUUGAUCCGAACCUGUUCUGGGACGUGGUUGAGAAGUAUCACCCAACGUGGUACUACGCGGCACCAACAAUGCACGAGAUGAUAGUAGCUGAAGCUGCGCAUCGAGCUGAUGCCGUAAAAAAUUGCGUAAAAAAUUGCACCAUUACAUCCAUCUGCAACGCAGCAGCCGCAUUGCCCCCGAAUGUUGCACAGCAACUUCAGGUAAUAUUUCUAUGCCCAGUGUCACUCAGCUAUGCGAUGACCGAGUGUUUACCCAUAACUGCUCCGCCUCAAAGUGACGCUUCCAAUCGACCUGAAAGCUCAGGCCUGGCGGUGGGUCCAGAGCUGGCUAUUUUCGACACUCAACAUCCGCAGCAGCGUGCCUCUACUGGCUCAGUAGGCCGAAUUUGCGUGCGAGGUCUGCCCGUAUUUCCGGGUUACCUUAACAGUGAUGGGCUGGACCGGAACUCAUUCAGCCCAGCAGGGUGGUUUGAUACAGGCGAUCUCGGACAUACUGACGGGGACGGGUGGUUCUAUAUCACAGGACGAACAAAAGAAGUCAUUAAUCGCGGAGGAGAGACGAUCUCUCCCGUGGAGGUCGAGGAUGCAAUCAUGUCGGCUGCCCGAGACAAGUCUUCUAAUCUUUACGGCCGUAUCAAGGCGGCUCUGGCAUUUCCUACUCCGCAUGAUGUCCUUCAAGAGGUCGUCGGGGUGGCCCUUGUAAUCCCAGCAGACCACACAAGGCCCGACCUUCGCCAAAUGCAUCAGGCCCUCAAGGAGCGUCUACACCAACCCAAAUGGCCCGUUCUCUUGGUUUAUAUGGAUGACCUUCCUAGAUCAGGGAAUAAACUGCGGCGCAUCGGCCUAAGCCAGCGACUGGGCUUGGAGACAUUGACCGACCAAGUUCCCAUAGCCGAACGGCACUACGAGGCGCUGUGCCCGCCAGUGGAUACGCCUGUCAGCGAGCCCAUUGCUCAAACACGAUGUGAGAUUGAUUUCCCUCUGGUCAAGACAUAUAUCACACAGGCUUCCGGCCUGUUCAACCUAAUACUGCGAACGCACGUGGACGGAUACCCGCGAGCUAUCCUCUUCCGAGACGGGACCGGAGGAGUGUCGCCAGAGGAGGUCCUCACCCGUCUCUCCCAUCUCAUGCAUGGAUAUCUCAUCCCCAGCACGCUGGAAAUACUGGAUGGUUUCAUUCCGCGGGACACCCAUGGGCUGAUUGACGAAGCUGCUGUGCAAGCCAAGCUGCGCGCCUUGCACGCAACAGCCACGUCGCCCACGCAGCAGCGGGUAUCUGAUCUUUUCGCGACGGCACUCAGGCGUGCCCCGGAAGAUGUGACACCUGCGACCGACUUUUUUGAGUCGGGCGGGGACAGUAUGAGCGCGGGCCAGCUUAUCUCCAAGAUCCGACAGGAGUUCCGGGUGCCUGUCGCAGGGGAUGUUCUGUUCCAGCACAGUACCGUGGGCGCUAUUACGGCCAUCGUUGAGGCGGCAAUUGCUGACACCAAGAUACGUAAGAUCAGAAAGCAGGAUCUUCCAGGAUGGAUCUCACUGAAAUGGCUCCUUGUUGGUAGAUAUCGCGAAGGAAUGUAUCCAAUGUGGGGACUGUACCAUAUGCGGUGGUGGUUGGCACAGAAAGCGCUCCAAGUGUGCGGCAAGGGGGUGUUCGACCGCUUUGAUUUCAGCCGCAUCUGGUACUACCGAGCCCUGGGAGCACAUAUCGGACGCAAUGUCUACAUCGACGAAUUCACGGGCCUUGGGGAGUACGACCUCCUUCACAUUGGCGACAAUGUAGUACUGGAGCACUGUAUCUGCCGUCCGUUUGCGAGUGAGCGCAACACCUCGAUGUUGCUCCAGCCCAUCUCCAUUGGAGCCAGCUCCUACAUCGGCCUUAGGUCGACCGUGGUGCCUGGGACUACGCUGCCCCCGGGAACGUGUCUCGGCGCCAACUCGUCCACCUGGGAGAUUGACGAUGCCGAUGAAUCCAACCGCGACCAAUCUUCUGCCAAGGCGCUGAAGCCCCACUGGAUCUGGUACAUCUUGGUCGCGGGAUGGCUGGAGAUCUUCGUCCGCUUCGUAUCGGAACUACCGCGGAUCGCAGGACUGCUCCCCAUCGUGAGUCGCUAUCCGACGGUCGCGGACGACCAGUUGCGACACACUGUCUCCUGGCUCACCAGCCGUACCCGGAUCGGCUACUUCCUUCUCAUGCGGGUCUACUCCGCUCUUGCCGGACCCCUGGCGUGGUUCCUAGCCGUGCUGGUCGUGAAGCGUGGGCUGGAUGCAUGUUGUGGCCGCCCCCUUCGAGGCCCUAUGAGCCAAUUGUCCCCUGCUCAGAAGGUAAGACGCGCGGCUCUCGACGCAAUCAUUCCACAAGGGGAUAUUUCCCGCCUGUCGCGGCUCGUGGGACCAAACUACGAGCUGGUCUCAGUGGCGGUGCGGAUGCUGGGUGGGCGGGUGGGGAAACGUGUAUACUGGCCUCGCACGAAGUUGAAUCUGAUCCCUGAUUUUGACCAGAUAGACAUUGGGAACGACGUGGUCUUCGGAUCCCGGUCAUUCCUGGUCACAGCGGAUGGAUUGGGGAGGGAACCUAUUGUCAUAGGGGAUGGCACCAUGCUGGGGGACAGAUCUGUGGUGUUUCCGGGAGUCACCAUUGGAACGUGCGCGAUGGUGGGCUCGGGGGCAUUGCUGCGCCGGAACGGCUUCUAUCCGGAUGACAGCGUCUGGACUGGUAGCAAGCAUGGAGAUGCCAUUCGCUUCCCUCAACUCAAGGGAAAGAGAGAUGCUGCUAGAGAUCCCGACGGAAGGCGCGACACGACAAAGCCGUUUGGACGCGCCUUGUACCAAGGGAAGGCGAACUACCAUGUGCUAGGUCUGGGACCCAUUGUCGGGUUCUCUAGCUUCAUGGUCGCCUUCACCGCGGUAUAUCCCAUGGCGGUGCCGCUGGCGGCAUUGUUGGUGGUGAACCGUCUUCUCCCAAUGGAGCUGAUGGCAUUUGGGAUGCGAUGGUGGCGUCCGUUUGCCGUGUACGGCGUACUAGCUGCAGUGAUGGCGGCAGUGACGCUAAUUCAAACGGUGGUGUCCUUGGGUAUUGUCAUCGCCGUCAAGUGGAUACUCGUUGGACAGCGGACUGAAGGCUCAUACCCCUACGACGGUAGCAGUUAUUGCCAACGCUGGCAGAUUAUGCGGACCAUUGACAUCCUCCUUGAGGAGUCCUUUGGCGGGACGGGUAUCCUGUCGUUACUCACCGGAACGGCGUAUCUGAGCUGGUUUUACCGGGCCAUGGGGGCGAAGAUCGGGGCAGAUUGUGCGUUGAAUGCGAACGGGGAUCCACACAUCUUUUUCACAGAGCCGGACUUGGUGACGUUGGGGGAUAGAGUCACGGUGGAUGAUGCUAGUCUGGUGUGCCAUCUCAACACGCGGGGGGACUUCGAGUUGCAUACGCUGAAAGUGGGCGAUCGAAGUGUGAUGCGCACGGGGUCUCGAUUGCUGUCGGGGGCGUCGAUGGGGAAGGAUGCGUGUCUGUUGGAGCAUACACUGGUGCUGUCGGGGGAUCAUGUUGAGGAUGGCACGACGUUGCAGGGCUGGCCAGCGGAGGAGUUUAGGGGGGAUCGACUACGACCGUAG